ACAAGGUAGACUUUGCAGGUGGUCUUUGUUUCACGGAUGAGCAAUGAACCGGACCCACCGCGAGAGGAGGAUGACGCUGACCUCGAGGAAGAGGCAGGCGUGAUCUUGGAUGAAGCCCAGUUGAACGAGGAUGACCCUGACUUCGAGCCAAUCGAAGAGAAUGGCGAAGAGGACGCAGCAGAUCAGUUAGAGCCGCCCUUCGAAGAGAAUGAGAAUGGCGAGGAGGACAAAGCAGCCGAUGUGGCCGAUGUGGCUGAUGCCGAGUUCGAAGCACCCCUCCAAGAGAAUGGCGAAGAGGAUCACUUGGAGGUACCGGAAGAGAAGAGUCAACAGGAUGAGCUGGUGGAGAUUUCGCCUGAGAAAGCCGAGGAGGCGGAUCCGGACCGAGGGCCACGGCGGGAAGUGGCGUAUCAGGAGGCUUGCUUCGUGGAGCCCGGCAAGGAGAUGGUGCGGGUGACGUUGGUGGAGAAGAACGAUUGGAAGUUGGUGCCGUUGGGAUGUCAGGCAAGGCUGUCCUGUGUGGAUGAGAUGGUCUUCCGGAUCCAGGACAUCAGCAAGGUGAACCCAGGGGGAGCCAUAGCAGUGGAUCUUUUGCCGGUGGAGCCGGGCUGGAGAGAAAUCCCAUCCUUCAGCUCGGGUACUCUGCAGGUGCUCUUAGCGGCCACAGAUUUGGAAGAGGCCACGAUGAGUGCCAUCCACUUCCUCGCGGCUCAAGACUCGGCGGAGGCUGAGCGACCUGAUGGUUGGCCCUCUGUCGAUAUCCUGAGCUUUAUCCAGGACACGUUCCCCGAGAUCUUCUCUGAGAUGGUGGAGGACGACAUGCGUCCACUGCUGGAGGGCUCGAUCCUCUUCAAGGUGAUCGAUGACUCUCUGCAGCGAGUGGUUUGCAGGACGUCUUCAUCUCCGCUUGAGGACUCGGUGCGGCGGCUCUUGGCGAGGAACAAGUCGGCCGAGGCGGUCGAGGGCUCCGAAUCUGCUGAGUUUCUGGCUUGGGACUCCUUGAUGAGCAAGCUUGACAAGGAAAUCGGUCCUCGAGACCCCUUCUUGGACAGGCAACUGCUGCAGUUUGCACCCUCCGUGUGUUUCAACAUGACCGAGGAGGACCCUGGGGGUCUCGUCACUCUGCGGAAGCCGCUUCCCGCGCUGGAGAUGUCGCUGAAGCCAGAGAGGGACCUACUUCCAGAGCCAGACGGACGCCAUGGGGCCUCCGAUGCCACAGCGAGCACAGCGUGCGCGAAGAGCAGCCAGGAGGAAUCCCGGCGACGAUCGCGGAGAAGGCACUCGGGUGAUGCAAAGCAAUCCAACCCGACCUUGGCCAAGCCGAACGCCUCCAACGCUUCCUCGCGGAGAGCUGAACCGUUGAGGCUCAGGCCAAGAGAAAGGCCCAAAGCAGGUACCGCGAACGCUGCUUCCCGAGCGCGGAAUGCCAGGACCAGCCGAGAGACCGCCGCCAAGACCUCUUCAGCUCCGCGCUUGCGCAUCCGCAGUCGCAGCCGUGAGGAGUUGCGCCGGAGGCAUUCGAGGCAUAGCACCGAGGACGUCUUGCGGCGAGGGGAACCCCCACGCACCUCCACGCGCAUCAGUUUGAUGGCCCGCGACACCCGGAGUCGAGCGCACGCCUCGCACGCGUCCUCCCGCGCGUCCGCGCGGGACUCCACGGGGCGAGGACCCGCGCGGGACGCGCCCGACGAGCCGUCCACGCGGGCCGAGGGUCGGCAUAGUGCACGGCACUCCACACGGCGGACGCGGGAGACGGAGGACCGUCUGAAAUCCUCGACGAGGGGCGAUGAGCGGCGACAACGAAGGGAAGAGAGCGCCCGAGUGUCAAGAGCAGACACCCCACGACAUGCAGCUACGCGAGAAGAAGCUCCGCGGCACACGACGUCGCGGGAAGUGGUUCCACGGCAGACUUCGACGCGGGAGAGGUCUGAUCGAAGAUCUCGACGAGAGGACCGCUUGGACCGCGUUCACCGCUCCAGUCUAGUUGGCCAAAGAUCCGCCGACCGAGCGGCGACGGACGCGAACAUGCCUCGUGAGGGGCGUCGAGAUGAGGGCCGCAGCGGGCACCGCGAGCGGAGGCGGGAAGAUCCUGGCAGAGAGGUGCCGAGAUCAGGACGCCCCAGUAAUCCGUCGAAGUCGGACAGGUCAAGGCACGAAGAAAGAAGAAGAAGUAGAUCGCGACGCAGAGAGUCCUCCAAGGAGCUGAAUGGUCGGAUCAACGGCCAUGACACCUCUGCACGAGGUCCGCCUGCUCCGCUGCCCGCAGACGUCAUGGGCGGUGUUUGGCAGGAUCCCGUCGCGCCCGCUCGGUCCGCUCCUCCUGCGCCGCCCCUCCCAGCGCCCGCCGCGCGGGGGGGCGGCGAGGGCGACCGUUCAGGCGCCCUUGACGAUCCGGGUGCCAAUUCCAAAGGCACCGUUUCCACCGCCCAUGCCAAAGCAGGCAGCGCCCAAGCCCUCGGCACGGCCCUCGACACGGCCGCCUGCGCCGGUUGUGGCGCCGGCUCCGGCGCCGCGGCCGAGCAUGAGGAGCUCCUGGGGAGGUGCCCCAGGGCAGUGCUGGCAGCGGACCUGACAGAACCAUCGAAAGAAAAAACGGCCGCGAGCAGAUGGUGCAUGUAUCGAAAUGUCGCAGAGAGAGCAAGAAUUGACGUGAUGAGUCAUAUGCUGGAUGAGCCCUUUGCGCAAGCAUUGCUCGUACAGAAGGGUUCCUGCUAUUUCCAUUUGUCCGCGCCGAUGGAAAUCCCAGAUCCAAGCAGCUUGGCCGAGGCGAACAUAUGGGUACAGCGAUAUGGGCCUGUCUCCACUCCAACAGCAUCGGCUGGAGAUUGGAAAAUCUGGCCGCAUAUGCAAUCCAAAGAGGCCUGGCACCAGGCAAUGGGCACGCGCGGUGGUUUGAUGGCCAAAUUCUUAGAGGCAAGAGGCAUUUUCAUGGAUGGCUGUCAGAUUUGUCAUGAGUUCAACCGAUCCACGCAGUCGAACUUCGAGGGGCAUGUAGGCGGGAGAGCGCACUUCAAGCACUGGUGCCAUCUUUGUUGCCGAGAGGAUGCAAAGGACAUGAGUAGCUUCCGAGAAAAGUGGUGGGAGGAGUGGAUUGUGAAGGGAAGCGCCAUUCGCUUCAACCACGCAGAUGGUGUCGUGGAGCUCCGGAAGAAUUACCCUUCCAUCCAACCAAGCCCAAGCCAAGCAGCUUCAGGAUCUAUCCCAGCACCACCAUCCCCAGUUGAGUUCACACCAGACUCAAGCAAUGUCGUGGCCUUGGCCUUGCAGAAUCCUGGCAAUGUUUUCAGCCUUUGCCUUGAGGAGAACGUCUACUACCUCCUAUACUCGCACGAUCGCCUCCCGACAGGGAAGCCGGUGACAGAGCUGGCAGCUCAAUUUUGGCAAGAGUGGAUCUUACCCUUGGGGAUUCUUCGAUUCAAUCAUUUGCAUGGGCAAGUGUGGAUUUGCCGUGGGAAGGCACCACGACAAGCAAAACCCAUGCCCUUUCCGAGCUCUUCAACUUCCAAUGAAGCUCAACAAGGUCCUUUGUCUUCCAAAGCACUACGAAGUCCACCGAUGCCGAGCUCAACCUCCCCACAAACUCCGUCGCGGCCCGUGCCCACCAGAGCUGCGGCGCAUGGUGUGGAGGAUCCGCAAGACCUGGCAGUGGAAGGGGUGUGGUUUGUCAGUUAUCCACCCUGCUAUCAAGAGCACCUGGGUGCUGCUAAGCAUUGGGAUGCCCUUUAUCCAUACGCCAGGGAGGGUGUUUGCAUCGAAGCGGUCCGCGACAGGCUGUGGAAUACGAUGAUGGUUUCUGGUGGCUGGGUGAGAAUCAAUGAGUUGGACGGCGCCAUCGAGAUUGCCAAAGGCUCAAAGGAACCUGGAACACGCAGCACUGUGAACGCUGAAGGGCCACCUGCAAUACAACAAGGCCGCGCAGGGAAUGCGCAGGUAGGACCUGUCCUUGGAUCGGACGAAGUUGGGCGUUGGAGGUCCAAGUGCUUGCGACUGUACCAAUCAAAAGCCCAAGCUGUUCAAGACGAGCUGCGCAAGUAUGAUUUGCACCCAGGCCAAAUUCGGUGUGAUGCUUGUGGAAAGCAGCUCGCCAUCAUGGAGUUUGCCAGUCACUUGAGGAGCCAAGAUCAUUUCAACCAGAUUCAUGUGGGUGAUGCCGGUGCGGAGGACCCACAGCAGGUGUUUCAGGCUGGCAGUUUGCGUUUGAAGCUUAACCUUGCCGACCUGGACAUCACUGUGGAGAAGGUCAAACAGAGCCCAGACGGAUGGGAGAUUGUUUAA